AUGGAAGAUGCCACCCAAGUGUUGAGGCUGGAACUAGAGCACGCUUUGAAAGCCAUGGCCAAGAUAACCAAAGAACUGAGUCAUGACCAGAAUGGUUGCAUUCUGAACCAAAAUGGACGGCACAAGCACACCUUAGAAGUUGAGAGUGAUCUCACCAGGUUGAAGGGUGAGAAUCAAGAUCUGAAGAAUGAAAAUCAAGCCCUCAAAAACCAGCUUCAGGAUCAGAAAGAGCAAAAAGAGCGGAAUGAUCAAGCUUUGGAAGAGAUCCGCGGGAUCAGUGCCAGACUUCAAGGUGAAGUCUUGGACAUGGAUCGGGAAAAAAUCCGAUUGGCUGAUCUCGUCAAAGCUGCCCGUGAAGAGAAUGAAGUGCUGAGCCAAGUUAUGGAGCAAGUGUCCAAGGACUAUGAGGAACUGAAACGAUCCCUGGCGUCCAAAAACCGGCCACAAGCCAAUCCGGAGGAAAAAGUCCAAGCUUUGAGGAACAUGUCCAGAGCAUUUGAAAGCGAAAAUGAGCUCCUACUCAAAGAUAGAGACAGCAUGGAAGUCGAGGUCGGAUCUCUGAGGAAGCAGAUCCGACUGGACAACGAGUGCAUUGAAACCCUGAAGGAAACUAACCAGACCUUAAAGGUCGAACUGGAGGCCAAAGACAAAGAAAGAGAGUUCUUCCUCGAACGCUUUAAGCGGGUGGAGAUGGAAAAAAUCAAUGUCAUGCGACAAUUGGCCAAUAUCGAACACGAACUAGAUGCCUCAAAGGAAUUCACGACUAAUCUGGAGAAAGAGGCCGAAAACCUAAGACUGAUUCAAACCAACUCUGACGAGAUCCUUGCCGCUUUACGAGAAGGGAAACGAGUGGUUGAGCAAAAGUUACAAGACGUUCUCAGCCAAAACACUGGACUCAAUGAGCAGGUCAGCCUGUCCGAAAUCAAGGCUUUCAGUCUGGAGGAAGCCAUGUCGAGCAUAGAAAGAGAAAAGUUGGUGGCCCAAUCGGAGUGUCGCCAAUUGGAGCAACAAAUCGCAGAGCAAACCACCCUGUAUGAAUCACAAAUCGAUUCCAUGCAAAACGAGCUCAGUCUGAGAUUGGAGGAGUUGGAUGAGAACCGGGAUCAAGAACUGGACAAGGUUAAACAACGAUAUAUCGACCUGUUUGAUGAGAAGGCGGAAGAACUGCACACGGUGAAGGAACAGCUCAGCAAAUCUACCAAAGAGCUGAAUGAAGCCAAAAGGUUGAUUACCGACCUAGAAUUCAGGGAGGUGGAGCUCCAGGAUUUGCUUUCAAAAGCCAGGUCCCAGAUGGAUGAUAAAUAUCAAGCCACCAACGAGGAGGUUCAACGGGAGAUCUCGUCAUUAAAGCUUUACACCAUUGAAGUGGAAACGGAAUUGGAACACCUCAAGGCCCAGUAUGAGGGCUUGCAGAGCAGCUACAAACAAUCGGUCGAUGCCCUUGGCUCCAGGCUCUACGAGAUCACAGACCUGUUGCAAGCUCAUAAGUUGAAUGAAGAUCUUGAACUCAAGUGCCAUGCUGACGAACUGGCACGAUCAGCAGAUAAUCAAAUUGAACUCCCGCCACAACAGAACAAAGACUCAAUGCCAAAAAUUGGAUCCAAGGGGAACAAGAAGAAACUCAAACGGAAGAACAAAAGGAACCACACCAAUGUCAAACCCGUCAGAGGAUAG